UCCUUGUCGCCGCGCGGCGUCCCGGGCGGGCGCGCGCCGCGAUGGCAGCGGCCGAGCGGGCCUGAGCGCCGCCCGCCCGCAGCGCCGGCCCCUCCGGCCCAGCCAUGGCGAAGCAGUACGAUGUGCUAUUCCGGCUGCUGCUCAUCGGGGACUCCGGGGUGGGCAAGACCUGCCUGCUGUGCCGCUUCACCGACAACGAGUUCCAUUCCUCGCACAUCUCCACGAUCGGUGUUGACUUUAAGAUGAAGACCAUAGAGGUUGAUGGCAUCAAGGUGCGGAUACAGAUUUGGGACACGGCGGGGCAGGAGAGAUAUCAGACCAUCACAAAGCAGUACUAUCGACGGGCCCAGGGAAUAUUUUUAGUCUACGACAUUAGCAGCGAGCGCUCCUACCAGCACAUCAUGAAGUGGGUCAGUGAUGUGGAUGAGUAUGCACCAGAAGGUGUCCAGAAGAUCCUUAUAGGGAAUAAGGCAGAUGAAGAGCAGAAACGGCAGGUGGGAAGAGAGCAAGGGCAGCAGCUGGCUAAGGAGUAUGGCAUGGACUUCUAUGAAACAAGUGCCUGCACCAACCUCAACAUUAAAGAGUCUUUCACGCGUCUGACAGAGCUGGUGCUGCAGGCCCAUAGGAAGGAGCUGGAUGGUCUCCGGACACGUGCCAGCAACGAGUUGGCACUGGCAGAGCUGGAGGAGGAUGAGGGCAAACCUGAGGGCCCGGCGAACUCUUCGAAAACCUGCUGGUGCUGAGGUUCCUGCGUGGAGCACCCACACGAUCCCCCCUCCCUCAGGAGGCCAGUGGGCAGACAGGGAGUCGGGGCUUGGCCCUGCCUCUCUUCUCAUUUGGGUGACCCUGUGGAACAUCAGUAGCUGCUACCCCCCCGCCUGGUCCUGAGAGCAGUGCUGUGUCAUCUCCGAGCAGCCUCUGCCCCCAGCCCCUCUAGCCUGGAGUGGUGUCCUCCAGUCUGUUUCCCAGCCACAGGCCUGCUGUGAGCCCCAAAUGUGCUACACGUGCUGUCUCACCACCCUAGCACCCCACACAGUGGCCCAGUCUGGAGACAAGGCCACUUUAAGGCUCCUUCUUUCUCAGUGCAUCUUGUCUCCUCUCCGCUUUUUCUCUCUUCUUCCCACUUCUCUUUCUCUGUCCCCUUCCCCUCCAGUGUGUUUGUGUCCCAGCCCCUCAUACCCCUUUCCCUAUGUGUCCUGCUGUGUGGCUGCUAGUGCAGCCUCUCUUCCCUUUCUCCCUAACCCUGUCUAAGGGAAUGGACUCAGGCUCAUGGGGAUGUUCCAUACUCUGCUCUGGGGAGAAGGCCCCCUUGCUUUGUGGGUGGGCCAGAGGCUACGGGGUGCUUCUUCCUCUCCUCCCUCCCCCACCCCGUCUCUUCUUGUUCCAUGGGCCUGCCUCCCCACUGAUCUGGGAAAGUGGAACAUCAAGGUAGGAAUGAAACACCAAACUGGUGGUCCUCAAGCCAGGGCUGUCCUACCUCUCCCUGCCCGCCCCCCAGCUUGGGCCUUGCUUGGCUGCCUGCCCACCUGCCUCUUUUGGGGAACUGAGCUUGGAGGCAGGUACCUCAGAGAAGGAAAAAAAGUGAUGAGGGGUGGCAGGGAUAAAAAUUCACCUCCAUUCUCUACCUCCCAUGCAGCGUGUACACAGUUUCUCCCCACCUGGGUUCCUGAACAUAAGAUGUGGACCAGGGCCUGAGGGCACUUCAAGGGCAAGGAGACCCCUGGGGCCAGAGGUACUGCCAAGCCAAGCAUGCACUCCAAAAAGGAGAGCACUUGGAAUGAAGGACUAGCUCCUAUAUAUCAGGUGAAGAGAAGGGAUUGCAGGCCAGGGAUGGCAGUUUGCAAACCAGAGGGGAACAUGGCAGCAGCAGGGCUUCCUGGGUUCCAUCUUCCAUUUCUUGUGGAAACCCCACACUCCCCUGGCCGGUGAGAGGUGACAUAGCCACAUUGGUGGUCUUUCAUUGAACCUAGCCUUCAGCUCUCACAGUUUUCCUGAGACCCAAAGUUUGUGGAGAAGGGCAGGGCCUUCAUGGGGAGAAAGAACGAAAGCCCCAGUAGAAAUGCUUGGUGCUGUUCUCUUCAGCCUCCAGGACAACGUGCUCUUCUUGCCCCUCUAGCUCCUGAGGAGGAGGCUUGAGGGUGUGCCAAUUGCACUGUGGCUGCAGGUGGAGGGAAGCGGCUCCCUCCCCCAGAGCUCUUUGUUCAGGAAGAAGUUUCUUUAACACCAUGUGGCCCAAGAGUAGCUUGAAGGAGGCCUUUUAAGGAAGGAACAGGUCAGCUGCCAGCUCUCGUAGGGCUCCUCCCCACCGUCCCAAGAUGGAGGAGCCUAGGUAGGAGGAUCAUUCUUAAACUACAUAUUAGCCAUAUCGCAUGGCAGGGGCUGGAGCUAAAACAAAGAACUGGGCUCUGGACCAGAACCCAGGGCUCACACAUGUGAAGGGUUAAGAGCCCCACUUCCUUGCUCCUCCAAAAAGGGGCUGGGGGGUGAAAUCACCAAACCUUUCCUCCUGACUCUUCUCAAACCAGGAGAGAACAGGAGAGGGUAGCUCAGGAUGUAGGAAUUGGGGAUAGGUUAGCGCAGUGGAAGGAAAAGGAGGGCAGGAGUAGUUAGGGUUAGGAGUAGUUGGCUAAUGAGAUAUUUAGAGAGCGGACUUUAGGAUGAAGUGAUGACUAAGGCUGGAGAUGCUGCCUUGACUGACUCCUCAGGUGUCAAGACAUGCAGCAUCACACUGGAGGGAGGUCGGUAAUGCCAACCCUUGGUGUGCCCUCAGCCAGGGACUUGAGUCAGGGCAAGUUUUAUUGGGCAUUGGUGCCAACCUGUGGGUCAGUCUAGCAGCUUUCCCUGGAGAUCAGGCGGCACCACUGCCUGCUCUCCUCGCCCCCUCAGGAAAAAGGGACUAUAUUUUUACUGUACCCUAGAAGUUCGGGAAAGGAAAACCUGGGGUCAGGAUUCUAUGGCCUGAUCAGCCCCGUCCACCAGGGCCACAGCUGGGGAGAGAGAUGGGAGCAGGAGGAGAGUUGGGAUUUUGGGGAGCAGCUCCGCUCAGUAGGUAUCAGAGUUGGCCUCUCACCCCUAAACUUCCCCUGUCCAGGAGGUGGCCUGGGAUCUGGCAUUCGGCCCAGACUGUUAAGCAGGCGCUCCUGCCUGUUUCCUCCUCGCCACCUCUGCGCCUGCUGUCUUGAGACUCAGCCCCAGGCACUCCACCCACUCCUGACCCCCCACCAUCUCCCUGUGAUGGGUGAACUUUGUGUACUGUGUCUUGGGUCCAGUAAAUGAAUUGUGAGCAGGGUUCAUCUAUUUUAAACACAGAUGUUUACAAAAUAAAGACUAUUUCAAACCACA